UCAGGGGAUAAUUGCAAACCAACUGAAUACACCAAAGUGAAAAAUAUGUUACUGGAUCUACAAAAUCGGAGAUACGUUGCACAAUCAAAAGAUAAAACCAUUGAUGAGAAAAUGGCUUUAAAGAAAAUUCUUGUAGAUCAAAUGUUUAAAUAUUUUGAUUCAGACAACAAUGGACUUGUGGACACUAAUGAAUUAUCGCAGGUAAUAAAACGGGAUGAGCUUGGCAAGGAUCUGUCUGACUGCUCUCUGUUCGAUUUGCUGAAAUACGAUGAUUAUAACAGUGACAAGCACCUAGCUCUGGAAGAAUUCUAUAGAGCUUUUCAGGUAGUUCAGCUGAGUCUGCCCGAAGAUCAACAGCUAAGUAUCACUGCAGCAACAGUGGGACAAAGUGUUGUCUUAAGUUGUGCGAUCCAAGGAAUGCUGAGACCUCCCAUCAUCUGGAAGAGGAACAAUGUUGUUCUGAAUAGUUUGGAUUUGGAAGAUAUCAAUGAUUUUGGAGAUGAUGGGUCCUUGUACAUUACUAAGGUUACCACAACUCAUAUGGGAAAUUACACCUGCUAUGCUGAUGGCUACGAUAAGCUCUAUCAAACUCAUAUUCUCCAAGUGAAUGUUCCACCAGUCAUCCGAGUCUAUCCAGAGAGCCAGGCAAGGGAACCAGGUGUGACAGCUAGCCUUCGGUGCCAUGCUGAAGGUAUUCCCAACCCACAACUUGGUUGGCUGAAGAAUGGAAUUGAUAUCACUCCAAAGUUAUCCAAACAGCUAACUCUUCAAGCAAAUGGCAGUGAGGUUCACAUUAGCAAUGUGCGCUAUGAAGAUACAGGAGCAUACACUUGUAUUGCAAAGAACGAAGCGGGGGUAGAUGAAGACAUUUCUUCUCUUUUUGUAGAAGAUUCUGCUCGAAAGACCCUUGCAAACAUAUUGUGGCGAGAGCAAGGUCUGGGAAUUGGGAACAUGUUUUAUGUUUUUUAUGAAGAUGGCAUCAAAGUAAUACAACCAGUGGAAUGUGAAUUUCAGAGACAUAUUAAGCCUAGUGAAAAACUCCUCGGUUUUCAGGAUGAAGUUUGUCCCAAAGCAGAUGGAGAACCUGUUCAGCGGUGUGUAUGGGCAGCUGCUGUUAAUGUUAAAGACAAGUUCAUUUAUGUAACUCAGCCCACGCUUGACAGAGUUCUUAUUGUUGAUGUACAGUCUCAGAAAGUUGUACAG